CCCCCAACCGAUCUCAAAUCGAUCGGAGCACAAUAGCAACGACAGAGAAGCAAGCAAGCAAUCCGUGUGACCUCGUACCACAGCUAGCUCUGCACGCCCCUUCUUCCAACGGCCGGCCCCUGAGUUCCCCAGCCCGUGCAUUAUUCCCGAUGGCGACCACGGUGAUGGCCUCCGCCGCGAGUUCUCUCGCCUUCGCCGCCACCGGCGCGCGCGCCGGCCGCUUCCCCGCCCGGCUUCCGGCGGCCGGGCUCGCGCCGCGUCGGCGCGCAUUGCUCGUCAGGUCGCAGGCCAAGGAUCCUGAGACCAAGCGCGCCGAGGAGAAGCCGGCGGCGAGCCAGGGGCUCUGGGACGCGCUGGCGUUCAGCGGCCCCGCGCCGGAGCGGAUCAAUGGGCGCCUCGCCAUGGUGGGCUUCGUGUCCGCGCUCGCCGUCGAGGCGGCCCGCGGAGACGGCCUCCUCGCGCAGGUCGGCAACGGCGCCGGGCUCGCGUGGUUCGCGUACACGGCCGUCGUGCUGUCCGCAGCGUCGCUGGCGCCGCUGCUCCAGGGGGAGAGCGCCGAGGACAGGAGCGGCGGCUUCAUGACCGCCGACGCCGAGCUCUGGAACGGCCGCCUCGCCAUGCUCGGGCUCGUCGCGCUCGCGGCCACCGAGUACCUCACCGGCGCGCCCUUGGUCAACGUGUAAAUACGGUGUACCUUUACGUACGCAUACGUGUAGCUGUAUGUGUAGACGAGGUAGUGUAUAGUGUGUAUAUGUAUGUACGGCCGGGGUACUUGUGAGCUCGGUUAAGUAUAGUAGUCUUGGAACAUUGUAGGGCUCCCUGGAAAUAAAAUAAGAGGAAACAUUGAAGGACUCCUUUGAAAAAAAAA